GUUUAAUUUACAAAAUACGGCCUGUGUGCACAUCAAAUAAUCAUAUGGUGUAUGAUUGUCACAUUAACUGCUCUAAUAUAUUAAUUAAUCCGUACAAUCCGUUGUUAAUUUGUGAAAAACAAUUGUUCAAACAAGUUUGUGUUAUGGUUUUCAUCCACUAAUUAAUGAGGAAAACACCUGGAAGACCAAUGGCGCAGCACAUCUUGUCGGCCGUAGAGUCCGAAAUAACGGCCAGUAAAGAAAAAGGGGAUUCAUCUGAAAGAGAUCUAUCUGUUUCUUUGGAUGAUCGAGAUUUAUGGGUCAGAUUUCAAUGUUUCACCAAUGAAAUGAUUGUGACAAAAAGUGGACGGAGAAUGUUCCCAGUAGUAAAGGUAACUGCUUCAGGAUUAGACCCUAAAGCCAUGUACACAGUUCUAUUGGAAUUCGUUCAAAUAGAUCCCCAUAGAUGGAAAUACGUCAACGGUGAAUGGGUACCAGGCGGUAAAGCCGAAGUACCACCAUCUAACCCAAUUUACAUACACCCUGAAUCCCCGAACUUCGGAGCUCAUUGGACAAAAGAAUCAAUCUCCUUUGCCAAGGUCAAAUUGACAAACAAAUCUAACGGCAACGGACAGAUCAUGUUGAAUUCCCUUCAUAAAUAUGAACCUAGAGUCCAUUUAGUGAGGGUGGGUACUGAACCUAGAAGGGUGAUGACUUUUCCCUUCCCUGAAACGCAGUUUAUAGCAGUGACUGCUUAUCAGAAUGAAGAAGUUACUUCACUAAAAAUUAAAUACAAUCCUUUUGCGAAGGCUUUUCUGGAUGCUAAGGAAAGACCUGACUCUACGUAUAGCCAAAGAGAUUACUCACCUACUUAUACUCAACAGCAACCGCAAUAUUCACAAUACGGUUCUUGGUUCCUGCCACAUCAACCAAUUUAUCCAUCGGCCCAAAUGUCGCCGUGCAAAUAUAGAUCAAGUCCUACAUUAAAACGUCAAACGUCAUCACCUUACACUCUACAUAGGCCAAAAUCUGCCUCAGUAUCACCACCACCACAUGUGUAUAAUCCACCAGACCAUAUCCAGCAACAAACAUUAUACAACCCAUCAACUCCAACUUACACCAGUUGGUCAGGUAUGCCUACUAUGCAGGCUCAAUCGCCAACCACCAUAAUGACAUCGGCUCUAAACUGUUGGUCAUUGACAUCAAGUCCUCCACCACCGCAUCAGAUUUCUUCUCAACCAACACCGAGUCAAUCGCCAAGUCAUCAGAUCUAUCAACCGUCACCGAUCUCCAACAUCACCAAUUUGUCUUACCCCAGCUACUACAGCCAGGAUCUAAGUUGCACCCAAUACCAAAAUCCUGAAUAUGUAUCAGUUGUUAACACUGACAUAUCCUAUGCUCAGAUUGGAUCAGACAGAAACACGCCAAUAGUAUAUCACAAUGAUGUUGGCAACAUUGAUAAAGUAAAUGAGUAUGAUAAUCAACCGACCCAAAGUCACAAUGAAUCACCCGAAUCAACACCCAGUACUCCAAGAACUGAAUGGGUCCAGAUUAAUUAAUAAAAAAUGUAUCUCAAAUGAUUUUUGUAAAUAAUAAGGUAUUUUUGUAAUUACGUGCAUAUUUAAUUCUAAUGUUUUGUUGAUUAAUAAAUAGAUCUAAAUGUGA